AGCCGUGGCUGACGCAGAGAGACAGCGGUUCUCAUUUCCUUAGAAAACCCCAUUUGCUAUUGUGCUCGUCCAAUCGCUGGAUGCCCUCGGUUCGUUGAGCGUUUGACUUGACGUUUCACUGUACUACUGCUUCCGUCUCCCUGUCUCCCUCUCUUCCCACUGGCACCGAGGGUAUCCCCGUCCCGUCUCUGCCAUGACUCCUCAUCCGAUCACGGCGCAAAAGCAGCGACGCUUGAAAUGACUGCUUGGAAUUUGGGUUGCCUUAACACACACACGACACAGGAUCCGCUCGGUUUUGCGUAAAAGCGCCGUAAAAUCGGUAAAACAUGACGGAUAAGCUAAUGGACAACCAGGCUGCCACUUCAUCGAGGGCGUCGUCGUUUUUUAUCGAGAACCUACUGGGCAAGGGGCGGAGUGGACAGGAGUCGGUGUCGGACAGGAGCCGUGGGGAAGCUGGCGUGGAGACAGUCUCCACCGGCCGAGUCCUGAACGCACAUCACGCCGACGCAAGCACUCCGGUGCCAGAUGGCUGCAGCUCCACAGCUCGGUCCCCGUACAGAGACUCGCCGUCGCAGUGGUACCGCGGGGAGACUGCCUUAAACUUCAGAGCUUUGGAAACACCACAGAGUCCAAGAGAUAAUACAAGCUCAGACGACCACUGCUGCUCCAUAUCGACGAGUGAUAGAUGCUCUCCUGCCGUAUCUGAACCGAUAACGGAGGACAGCGACGAAACCGACAGGAAAACAGGCGAUAGCAACCUGACAGACGACAACGAGGACGCGCACAACGGCUUUGACGCACGGUCAGAGCACGACGCGUCCUCGGACCCGAGCUCCACCCGGAAGAAGAAGACGCGUACAGUGUUCAGCCGCAGUCAGGUGUUCCAGCUGGAGUCCACCUUCGACGUGAAACGCUACCUGAGCAGCUCAGAGAGAGCGGGGCUGGCAGCGUCCCUCCACCUGACAGAGACUCAGGUCAAAAUCUGGUUCCAGAACCGGAGGAAUAAAUGGAAGAGACAGCUGGCGGCGGACCUCGAGGCUGCACAUAUCCCACACUCGACCCAGCGGAUUGUCAGGGUCCCCAUUCUGUAUCACGAGGGACCCACACCCACUGCAGCAGUGGGUUUCAACCUGAACGGACAUCCACUUUCUCCACCCGUCGCGGGCUUCUCCAGCUCCAUCAACUACCCUCUGUCCUCGUUUGCUCACUCCAUGAGCAUGUUAAGAUCACAGAUGACCGGCUUGGUGUAAAGACUGCUGAAGACUGAUCAAACUGUUUAUUAAUAACAUAAAUUCACCCUGUUAAUACAGAAUCGUGCAAUAACCUACAAUGCCGCAGAAAACUGUUGACUUCAUCCAAAGAGCCGCAGAGACAUGAAUUAUGAAAACCCCAGUCAUCCUUAUAAAUCUGUUCUUAACAAGAGUCUGUGCUCCUGUCACAGAAUAGACUGUAACAAGGCCGGGAGCAGGGGAGGCCUAAGCUGUUCAUGUACUGUACUGUAUGUUUGAAUACACAUAUUUUUACAAACUUUUAUAUUUAAAGCCACACAUUUUUCCAACUUUGUCACUUUUUCACAUAAUAGAUAAAUAAAA